GACGCCAGCAAGCUAGAGGGAGAGUUGAUCGAUGUUUGGUCGUGGAUCAAUAGGCAUCCAUAAUCAAGCAGAGAGGUUGUCAUUCAGUUAUCUGUGAUUACUGCAUGUAGUUCUAAACACCAGCCAAAAACUGGGCGUUUAGUUUAUAGAAGACCACGCUGAUGUCAAAUUCCUCCAUGAUUUCUAAGGAUAUUGGAUCAAAACUUCAUCUCUUAAUGUAAACGGCAGAAUAUGGAUGACCCUGAUAUCAGUGGGGAGUGGAAAGAUGAAAGAAUUCAAGAAGAAGUAAAAAAAGGCAGAUUACUGAUAAUAUUAGAUGAUCAUGUUUACGAUUGCACAAAAUUUUCAGCCAUUCACCCUGGAGGUAGAAAUUACAUAGAACAGUAUGCUGGGAUGCAAGUAAGGGGCGUAAUGAGUGAUGGGCCGCAUGAACACUCCUUCAAUGCGUAUCAGUUGAUGAAUGAUUAUUGUUGCGGUACAUUUAACAAGACAAAAGCGUCUAGACACUUAACUCAGCAGCAGAAAAAUAUUGAAGAGACCAGUAGUAAGGUGAAUGGAGUUAGCCAUGAGCAGCAACAAUCAAAAUCUUUUGAGAAUCUUAUUGAUUGGAACCAACCCAUACUCUGGCAAGUGAGUCGACUCGGCUCCAAAUACAAUAACUGGGUUCAUACGCCAGUGGAUAAACCUCUGCGUCUCUUCAAGUCUGAACUUUUUGAAUAUUUGUCCAAGACUCCCUGGUUCAUAAUCCCGAUUGUUUGGAUACCAGUGGUGUUACUUACGUCAUUCAGAAGCCUAAGAUUCUUCAAGGAAGUCACACCAGAAAAAACAGAUUCCGAAGUGCUGGAGACAUUUUUCUUCCAUUUCUUUGCUGGUAUUCUGUUGUGGACAAUUCUAGAGUAUCUGCUCCAUAGAUUUUUAUUUCAUUUAGAACCAUCACCGAAGUACCCUAUGUCAAUAACAUUUCAUUUCUUGCUUCACGGGCAACAUCACAAGGUUCCAUUUGACCCAGGUCGUCUUGUAUUCCCUCCCGUUCCAGCAUCUUUGCUUGCGUUGUGUUUUCAUCUUUUAAUUUCCUGUGUACUGCCGGUGGCUGAAGCUCAGGCUCUGUUUGCUGGUACCGUGUUUGGUUAUGUCUGUUAUGAUCUAAUACAUUAUUAUUUACAUUAUGGAAAGCCAUCGUUAUCGUAUUUUAAAAUGUUGAAAGCUUACCACAUAAACCAUCAUUUUGAGGACAAUAACAAAGGUUAUGGAAUAUCGAGUCCAUUGUGGGACUUGCCGUUUGGUACGCAACCUGAUCUGAACACCAAGAAAGAUUAAAACUUCUCAUUCCUUAAUUAAAAAAUUCCAAAGGUUUUGGUGAUUCCUUCAGAGGUGAACAACAACAUUUAGGUCUCCCUCAAAUUAAUUACCAAUUUUGGGACCAGGAUUUCUACGAUCUUUUGCAGCUUUGGUCUCUAUUACAAUAAUAAAGAUAAAAGCCAUCUGUUAAUUUUUGACCACAGAAAAGUGGUCUUUAAUUGGGGGUCAUCUUUAAUUUGAGUGAUCUUUAAUUAGAGGGAGACAGGCAUUCUCUUUUACUGAGUUUUGGUAGUAGUAAGAACCCAGUUUAUAGUUUAAGGAUCGUAUAAAUUUGAAUAUGAAAAUAUAUAAAACCAAAAAUAACUAAUUUUGUAGAUAACUUAAAAGUUUAUUGUGCAGUUAUUGAUGCAGGCUUAUGAGUUGGUAAUUUAGUCGUUCAUACCAUAAACAACACAAAGUAAUUUGUGUUAAUUUGUAAAAACAAAGAAAAACGUGUGAAGUAUGCAAUGUUGUUGUUGUGGACUUUUUGGUAGUAAGAUAACAAGUCUCUGACCAGUGGUGGCGCCAAACCAAAAAUAUUAACUUGCCUAUAGAUCCAGAUAACGUUAUUUUUUAUUGCCAAUCCUAAUAUUGUGGUCAAUUAUGAGACAUACAAAGACAUACGAAUUUCUAUUCUGGGACCCUGACUGAGGCUUUAGCCGACCCCUACAACUAUGUGUGAAGAAAAAUGAAUUUGAUAUUACAAAGUACCGUGAAUUGCUUUGAUUGUGUCAGUUUGUGGGGUGAGCGACGAAUUGUUGACACAAACAGUAAUAGUGAUGAAUGAAAUCCAACGAUGAUUGCAGCUUGUACAAUAUUUAAUAUGUCCUGACAUGUCAAUCCAAUCAUCUUUGAUUUUUUUUUGGUAUAUAUAUAUUGUUAUUAUUUACUGUUAUAACUACAUCUGUAGAGUAGAUUAGAUUACCUGUGUUAAUAGAAUGGGCGUGGCCAAAUAAAUUUAAUUGCUAGAUUCACGUCCCCACCUUCAUCAAAUUUUUGAGCCUCAUGAUAAAAUUUACUAUUUUCUAUUUUACAAAAAAAUAUAUAUUUUUCCAUGGAAAAUAUUGAUGAUUUGAAAGAUUGUUGUGAAAUCAUAAGAUGAUGUGGAAACGUAAAUGGCAGAGUAAAUUACAAAGGUUUAUUUUACUUUUAUAAAAAAAAAAAAAAAACACCAAAUUUUUUUUCAUUUACCAGCCUGUUUACCACUAGUAUAAUAGGAUAGUAAAUAGCAAAAAGUAAAUACCGUCACCAAAAAGUAAUUUCAAACCCUGGACGUGAAACUAAAAAUUAAUUUUAUGUGGCCGAAUACAAGCACAUUAUCGUAGACGUUGUUGGUCAGAUGUGAGUUGCUGACUGUUGAUUGAGCUGGUUGAUAGAAGGUUCUAAAGUGUAUUGAGGUCGAGAAAAUUGGCCGAGUAUUUCCACAUUGAGUGUACGUCCACGUGUGUAGGAGAAUGCAUGCAUGUAUUUAAGCGUAAGCGUGUCGAGAGCAUUCAGUGUUUGCCUAUUUUUAAAUAAGUAUUAUCUUAAUCUAUGCACAUUAUAUAGCCUAAAAUAGAUUGCGAAUACAUACAACAAAUACAGAUAAGCUAUAUUAUUAUAUUUAAUAACGCCAAUACAAUCUAGAGUAUAUUCUCAUUGUAUUGGGUGCAAUAUGUUAAAUUCAGUAAUAGAAUUUGCAUUCCCUGCCAUUUUAGAUGAUAAUGCACCAUUUUCAAUAGUUAAGUUAUUUGAGUUUGUUAAAAAUAAAUAAAUAAUGAAAUGUCUUAAGUACAGAUGUUAAGAGAUUGAGUAUAUUUCUUUUCAACUAUUUAAAAUAUACAAAUAUAUAUCAAAAAACUAUCAUCAUUUUUUGCGGCUAAGAAUUUUUCUUGUAAAAUUGUUGAUGGAGACAUUUUGAUAGUUGUUUUGGGUUGAGUAAAAUUAAUUAGUGGUAUAAAAUAUCUAAGAAAUAUGUGGUUGAAAGACUAAUCCAAAAUGAUAUAUUUGUUGUAGUUGUCUACUCUAUUAUUGCAGUGGUUGUUUUUAAGUAGUUUUUUUUAUUAUUAUUAUAUUAUCAUGUUUAUAAAUUAAUGUCCCAUUUCAGUUGCAUACAUUUUAUUUUUUGUUAACUGCGAUGACAUUUGUGUUCAAUAAAAGAUACCAAGAUAUUUGAAAUGAUAUUUGAAUGAUCCUAACAAGAGAAAAAUUGUUAAAUUAUAUAUCAUUAUGAACAUUACAUUAUAGUAUCAAUAAUUGAAUGUAUAAAGAUUGGUUUUAUUUACCAUUGCUGUACUUGUUCUUAUGUCUGGAGUUGUUGCUGAUGGGAUGAUGACCUGUGGCCCAGGUCAUUGUUUAAUGAAGCGUAACCAAGAUUAACCUUUAGCUUAUUGUAAAGUUAUUGUAAUAGUUAGGAAUACUUGAGUGCAAUGCAUUUGAUUCUGUAGAAGAACAAAAUUAAUUUGCCGUGCAUAUGGCAGUUGCAAUGCUUGACUGACAAUAGUUGUAAUAAGAAAACCUGAAGCUCAUUUGGAUCAGAAUUGUUAUUUUUUAUAUUUUUAUUUCAAUUUGCAUUUAGCAGCAGGAACAAGUUAAAUAAAUUGCACCUUGUGUAGUACUUACUUUUAAGCAGUAUCCAACAUUUAUGUAAUUGAACAUAUAUAUUUAUUCUUCCUUAGAUUAUGUUAUUAUUUAUUAGUAUUUAUUUACGGGGUUUUUUUUUUGCUUGUGUUAGUACUGUUAUCUUCUAAGUUAAAAAAAAAAAUAUAUAUAUAUAUAUAUAUUUGUAAUACUUUAUAAAGCAUUACAAAACUAAAUAAGCUGUUACAGUGGAAAAGAGCAACAAUGCAAAUAAUGAAACACCAGUAGUUAAGAGAGAAACAUGUGAAAGAAUAAAAUUAUGUUAUUGGAUUGGGUGUAAUUGUUUAUGAAAGUUACCAAGGUAAAUGGGAACUAAAUAUAAUGAUUUUGAUAGCAUUAAAGGUAAUCAUGAAUUGUAAUUACCUGAAAUGUGAUUAAAUUGAUAGUCAUUUUCAGCAUGAAGAGUAAAGUACCUUAUAUAUAAAACAAAAAAUAAUAAUUUUACGCCAUGUGAUUGAUAUAGUAGAAUACUAAAAUUAUACUGAUAAUGAUAUUUCAUUGGCAAACACGUUUGUUGUGUGAACUGUAUAAUACUGAUAUUAUGCAAUAUUGAAUUAUAUGUAAAAUGUUUGUAUUGGCAAUAUGAUAAAUAACAUAACUGUGGAAGCAAUUCAACAUGGAUGUGUAUUUGAUAUAAUUAUGAGCGGUUGGCGCAGCAGUUGCGAUUUGGUCUCUCGAGGUCGCGUUUGAACCUUCGCUGUGCAUUUCGCUUGUGUUCGUGGACAAGGCACUUUACCUAUGUUUGUCUCUUGCCACCCAGUGGUAUAAAUGCGUACCCAGUACACUAUUGAGGAGAAAAAAAGUGGCGUAGAGAGAAACAUGUCCACCCUUAUACACAAUGCUGAGACUUUGGUAGGAUGGCUUAACGGCUCAGUCUCCUUUGUUCGGUAAUAAAUAUGGAACUACUUUUUUUUUUAUAACUAUGAGAAUAGAUGCUCUUUUUAUCCAAAAUAUUUGGAAUACUCUGCAGUUUAUAUGCAAAUUGUCCAAGCUUAAAUUUAGAAUAGCAAGAUAUUAAGUCUGUUAAUAAUAUAGAUUACCGUAGGGUCUUACUGUUUUUGAAGUGUAUUUGAAGCAGUAGAAAACUGUAUAAAUUUGAUGGUUCGAGUGGGUUGAUUCUGCAAUCCUAAAUUUUUUAAUUUUGCUUGAUGAUUUUAGGCUGGUUGGUAUACUAAAUGAUACUAAUAUUAACACUAUUUUGUGUAGAUAAGGUGUAAAUUAUUUAUUUAUUUAUUUAUAUAAUUAUUUAUAUAAUAACUGUAUGUCUUUAUUUUUCAUCUUGUAAUAAUUUAAGUUUCUGAGUCAUCGGGAAUAGUGGAAUAAAUGAAGUGGAUAAAUACUACUAGUGUAUAAUUGA